AUUACGCAAGAUGUCUCUGCUCCAUGCCUCAUCUUCAAUCACUGAAGCUGGACGAGGUGGAGCUGAGUGAUGAGUUCUACUCAACGAUGGCCUCUGAGGCAUCAAAAUCGAAGAUUGAGGAGCUAACGCACUUGAAUGCAGAUCUGGGUUCUGGUGCAUCCUCUCAUUACGCGAGAUGUCUCUGCUUCAUGCCUCAUCUUCAAUCACUACAUCUGGACAGUGUAAAGCUGGGUGAUGAGUUCUACUCAACGAUGGCCUCUGAGGCAUCAAAAUCGAAGAUUGAGGAGCUAACGCACUUGAAUGCAGAUCUGGGUUCUGGUGCAUCCUCUCAUUACGCGAGAUGUCUCUGCUUCAUGCCUCAUCUUCAAUCACUACAUCUGGACAGUGUAAAGCUGGGUGAUGAGUUCUACUCAACGAUGGCCUCUGAGGCAUCAAAAUCAAAGAUCCAGACGCUGAGUAUGAAGGAUGUUUCCAUGAUGACUCCACGGAGACUACACUCCAUUCUCUCGCUACCACACCUCCAGUCACUCACCUUGUGGGAUAUCAAACGAGUUGACAUGGACGAUGGAGAUAUCGAGACACUGACUCGUCAAACAUCCUCAGUAGAUGAGCUUUCUGUGAAUGGUAAUGAGAUCAGCCUGUGGAAUCUUGGACUUCAUACAGCAUGUCCCCUAGUGAAAAAACUCGAACUGAACUACCGGAACAAGGAGAAUGUCUCAUCAGGAAUCUUCACCAUGGCCUGCUCUCCAUUCCGUCAUCUAACUCACCUUCACAUCCAGGUAAACCAGAGGUAUGCAUUUACUCCACUGAAUGAUCCUGUGUCAUUUUGUGAUGCGGUUAAAACAUCAUGUCCUCGACUCACCAAGCUGUCCUUUACCUUUAUUACACUGAACAACGAGACGGCAGCCGAGAUCAUCCAACUCAUGAAGACUCAUCCACACCUGACAAGCAUAGAGUUGAAUGAGUGUUUCACCAACGUAGAUCUGGAUCCACUGAUUUCUGAGGUGAACAGUGAAGGCAAGGUGACUGUCACCGUGAUGCAUGGUCCGGUAAGAUAUAACACUAGAUUACAUGUCCGUUCUCCGACUGAUUCUUCUCCCUUUUUCUGGCAUUCCAUCGAUUCAAAUUAGGCUAUUUUUUUUAAUUAUUCAUAUUUAACCUGCCCAAUCGGUUACCCAAGAAUAAACAAUGCACAUAAUUUAAGCUUUGGUUUAUGUAUUUAUUAUUCUGGCCUGAUUAAAUUGAUCACGUCUAGCAAUAGGUUCGUUGUUGAUCUGUGUAUUGAUACGGUAUAUGAAAACCGAAAUAUAACAGACAUAGAUAUAACAGUCAUGAUAUUGAGAUCAUAUUAUUAAAUUUUCCCUGCCUGAAAUGUAAAGCUUGUAGUACCUUUCGGUAAAUACCUCACCAAUGUUUUGAAAUACUUUACUCAAAUACUCUAGAAUUAUUAGGGCCUAUGUAAUCAAU